CGAGAGGGCGCCAGAGGCUGCCGCCAUGACAGCUGAUUGCUUCCUGGUCGCUUGACGUUUUGUCUCAGCGAAGACAUUACACGGAUCGCUUGCGAGCGGAACAUGACAUUAAGUGAAUGCAACUACAACAAAUGGCAGACUCAUUCUUCGGAUUCGACACAAGCCUCGGCGCUGCCUUGGAUGAUGGGUUAGAUUGUUUAGAGGAUGAAGAUUUAGAAGAAAACUAUGAUGCAUUGAAUGAUGAAACUUUUGGCUCUGAAGCUAAUACUGGUGAUUGGGAGCAAGAUCAUGAAAAGCUAGCUCAAAUCACAGAAUCUAGUAGACCUCGUUACAGAAAUGAUAACAGCAAAAGUGAAUCAGAAAUAGAUGUGGAGAAAAGUCUUUCUCAUUUAGUUCUCGAUGAGAAGGAGGUUACUAUUCCUCGACCUGGUGUUUGGGACAGUCCAAAUUUUGCAAUACCGCCAACUCAAAUUGUAAAACCUUCGUUGUCAGCUCUCAAAAAUGCCUGUACAGUGGAAGAAUUGGAAAGAGGACUUAUCACAAAUCGCCCUCCACCCGGUCUUGUAAAACCACCAGGAUCCCCACAUCAACCACCAGCAAGCACUAGCGCUCAAAAUUUAUUUCUUAAUUCAAUAACAUCUGCAGAAAAAUUACAUCAAACCAAUGGCACUGGACCAACCCAAAAUCAGUUUUCACUUAUAGCUCCAAUUCUUAAAUUGCCACCCCCACAACAUUUAAAUCUUCAAAAUGUUAGGUCGAUACCAAAUGCACCUGGAAAUGUUCUUAGAUAUUCAUUGCCAUUACCUCACCUAAUUAUACCUCCUGGUCAGAGACAACCUUCUCUUCAUGGCAAUUUCUCAUUUCAUAAUUUUCCACCCACAGGAAAUUCAGGCAUGGGUCCAUUACCUUUUGGUAUGAGACCAGAUCAUCCACUAAUACCACCAUAUCCUAACAAUCAGCAGCAGAUGAAUCAGCACAUGCACAUGGCAAAUCAACGCAAUCAAAACAAACAAUUCAACGAUCGUUCAGAUAAUCAUCAUCAACCAUUUUUCAGAAAUAAUCAAUUUCACCAUCAAAAUUAUAAUCAUAUGAAUAGAUUUUUUGGCAAUCAAGGUUUUGGGCAUCCAAUGCAUCAAGUGAUACAUCAUCCUGGUCAUAUAAUGAGCAAUGGAAUUGGACCAUCAGGAGAACUUGAUGAAUAUGCGGGGCUGAUGAAUAAUAGAGAAAAGCAAUGGUUGAAUAAUAUACAGUUGUUGCAGUUGAAUACUAACCAACCUUACAUUGAUGAUUAUUAUUAUACAGUGUUUUGUGACAGACAGAAUAAGAAAAAUGAGAUUAAAAAUCUCAAUAAAAAUAGAAAGAUGAAUAACAACAAAGGAAAUGGUAAUAAUAACAACAAUGGCUUUCACAAAGAUCCAAGGGAUAACAAGGAACAGUCUACGUUUACCAAAGCUACUACACCAAUGCAAUUUGAAAAUUCUCUGGGAAAAUUACAGUACAGUAGUGUCACUGCUCCAAGGAAAAUUAUUGAUAUGGAUGUUGUACCUAACAGUGAUCCUCAACAAGCUUCCACAAUUCAACAAAAAGAUACUAAAAAAACUCGACAACUUCUUCUGGAAAUUGAGAGGCUUUAUUUACUACUUUUGAAACUUGAGGAUAAAACAAAUCCAUUAGCCAUAAUAGCUGAACAACAACGCGAACAACAACAAAGAGAACAACUGUUACAACAACAUCAAGAAAGUGGUGAACCACUGCCCGAACUCGAGCGUAGGGAUUUAGUAAAAGAAAAGGAAGAAUUGACUGUAUCAAUAAUGACUUCUCUUUUACAACUUGCACAAGACGAUAAACUUACGAGUCUUUUGAGUAUACGUAAGGGAAAAACGUUAUUCCUGCGCUUUUUACCAUUCAUGAAUACAAAGGAGUAUAGAGAUAAACUGACUGAAUUGUGGCGUGCUGUUAUCAAGGGUUUAGCCGUGAUCGGUAGAAGAGAUUCUAACGUGCUGACAAAUUAUUACGCUGAAUUUUACAAGUGGGCGGAAGAAAAUUGUAUAAAACCAUUUGCCAUUACUAAUAAUUGGUCAAUCUGGAUACCAAUGGCUUCAUUAGUCAUAGAGUUUAUUGAGUCUACGAACCAACCAUCCAAAACUAAUAGCAUAGCGUUUGCACUUUCAAGCAAGUUCGGAAUAUCAGUGUUAGCUCUGCUGAUAAAGUACGGCCGACAGAUAUCGCCUCUGAAUUCGACGAAAUGGGAUCAAUUCCUGAAAGCCAUCGCAGAGUCAAUAGGCAGUAGUUCGCCAGUGGUAUCGCCUUGUGAGAUUUUAGAUAAAAAAGUCCUUGAAUCUCACUUAAGAUCAAGCCUCAUCGUCUCCCCGCAACAUUUGGCGGCAUUCGAGCUCUUUUUUACCGAGGCUAAUCCAACGCGAUAA